AUGGCCGACGUGGAAGACGGUGAGGAACCCUGCGCCCUGUCGUCUCACUCGGGGAGCUCAGGAUCCAAGUCGGGCGGCGACAAAAUGUUCUCUCUCAAGAAGUGGGACGCUGUGGCCAUGUGGAGCUGGGACGUGGAGUGCGAUACAUGUCAAGCUGAAAACAAACAAGAGGAUUGUGUUGUUGUCUGGGGAGAAUGUAAUCAUUCCUUCCACAACUGCUGCAUGUCCUUGUGGGUGAAACAGAACAAUCGCUGCCCUCUCUGCCAGCAGGCCUGGGUGGUCCAGAGAAUCGGGAAGUGA